GCGUUCCAAAUCCCAAAUUCGGCAGUUUCUUUCUUCAACGGCACACCCACACAUCAUCAGAUUCCUACUUUCCCUUUCGCCAUUUUUGCUUCAACUCUAUCACAAUUUUCAGAACAAACAGUUCGCUGUUUCUGUUUCUGUUUCUGUUUCAGCCAUACCCAAUUGCCCAAUUCGGUGCGGAAUUGUUGACGAAGAACACAACCUGCUUCCUUCUUCUUCAUUUUUGUUUUCUUGUUCAUCUCUCUCCCUCUUUCCCGAGAAAGUGAUGGAAAUUCCCAAAUUGAAUUCGGCUUCUUUACGGGAAGUUAAUCAAUUGGAAGAAACGAAGAAUUCCCAGAAAAUUUCAGUUUGCAGUCAGCCAAACGGUGUGCAUUACGCAACAAACUCAGAUAGCUUCGUCAUCGACAUGAACGGCUUCUCCAAUGGCGGAGGAACCAAAGAAACCUCCCCAAAUCCCAGAAUUACAUUGCAGAAAAAUUUAUCCCGAAAAGGGUUUCAGCGUGGCGGCGACAGGAUGAUUACCAGCAAUUCCGCUCCUACGGAUAGAGAUUCAUCAUCUCCACCGGUUGCAGUUGGAGCUACCAUGGCGGAAAAAGCAGGGGCGGCGGUGGUGGUGUCGCAGCAAGACCAUUUGGGGCUUCCCCAAGUUCAUCAUCAGAUCACUAUAACCACCGCCGGCAACACGGCGGCGCCGGUUGAACGAUCCAUUCUUAGAAGAAACAGUUUCAGGAGGGCUCCCUCUUCUUGGUUUUUGGACCCCAAGAAAGUUCUUCUCCUCUUUGCCACUGUGUCAUGUAUAGGAAGUAUGGUGCUCAUAUACUUCACACUGGCCAUUGGAAAACCCAACGCGGAGGAACGCGGGUUUGAUUAACGGAAGGCAGAAUAACGAACGCAAGGACCACAAUAACAAAACAACACAGAUGGGAAGAUGAUGUGAGAGAUGUUUGUACAAAGAGAUAGAAUGAAGAGAGACAAAAGGGCAGCAAAAGCAAGAGGGCACGGCAGGCUUCCAUGGCCUCUAAUUCUAGCAAUCGGAUGCGCCACAUUUUCAUUAAGCCUAGGAAUGGAAGAAAGUGACACUGCAGCAAUGCGACAAAGAAAUGGAAUCUUCCCUUUUUCUUUUUGUUUUCUUUUGUUUCUAAAAUUGACAGAUGAAAGAGAUCGGAUCAGAAACGUGGUGCGCUUUUGAUUCCAAUCUGUGUUAGGGAUUUCUCCAUCUGCAUAGAUUAGUUGAAGUGGAAGGUGAUGAGAUCACUCUUCAACACUUUUACAACCUCCUUUUUCCUCCAAAUAUUCCUUGUUUAUACAAGUCUGCAACCCUUUUUUGGCUGCUCCAAGUUCGACCAAA